AUGUCUAGCCCAACUGCAAACUCAGGAGUGCCUACUGGCACCAAUCAAUCUGGCCGCAAGCUCAGCUUCGGUGCAGGCAACGAUGGUCGCGGGGGUGCCUACUUCAGCGGCCUCGAGAAGAAGCGACGUGGCUCGCAGUCACAGGCUGACGCUGCAAAGGACAUGUUCCGCAAGGAUUCCAUCGGAGACGCCUGGUCCAACCUCUUCAAGUGA